AUGUCUACUAGUGCUUCCUCUAGCUACAUCUCCAAAAAACUUUUGAGACCGAAAGAUGAAGCCAUCCCCGUUCUUAAUGCUGGUAUUACGACUUCUAAAGGGAUUUGGGAAGAAGUUAGACACAAACAUGAUAAAGUCCCUUGGCAAAAGCUUAUCUGGUUUCCCCUUCACACCCCUAAAUUUAGUGUUAUUAUUUGGUUGGCAAUUUUGAUAGACUCCCAACUAGGAAAGACUCCUUCGUAUGGUUAUUGUGUAUUCUGUAAUGAUGCUCUUGAAACGAGAAAUCAUUUAUUUGCUGAUUGCACUGUGGUCACUUCUCUUUGGAAUGAUAUUUUGAACCUGUCUAAUCUGUCCGUUCCUCAAAUGUCAUGGGAAAUCAAGCUUGCUUGGGCUACAUCAACUUGGAAAGGUAAGUCUCUCUUAACCUCAAUCAUGAAGAUUGCUUGA